AUGAGCAUUACGAAGGACGCCGAUGGGCUCUCACGUCAAGUGACCGCCGUCGGGACACUGGGCGACGUAGGGGCUGCUUACGCCGUGUACGAGAAGAACUGGAUCUGCGCCGACUGUAGUCAUGAGAACUACGCACGGCGCCAGCGCUGCUUCCGCUGCCGUGCGCCUAAAGUGGAGCGAUUCGACGCCUUGGUGGUGGACAGUCAAGGGGACGCACACACGUGGCGGGAGGCGCUGGACCCGGCGUCCAAUAAAAUCUACUAUUACAACACGGAGACUAAUGCGACACAAUGGGAGCGUCCGGCUGAGAUGGGUGCGGCUCCGCACUCCACGGGCUGGUUCGGGCGCGGCAAAGCUGGCGCCUCGGAGGGCGACCGCUACGAGCAGCUUAAUGCUAAAUUCAUGGCCCGCCCAGCCCGAACGCAGCUAGAUGCGAUGCCCACGGCUAACUCUCAGCUUGAAGGAGCCUAUGAGUACAAUAUCUGGUACGAUAAGUACAUAGGGGACCAUUGGGAUGACGCGCGGGGCAAGGACCCGGCCACGACGCGCUGCAACCUCGAGCGUGAUGCCGGCAAGACCAAGGCGGAUGUCGUGAGCAAGGCCAACAGAUACUUUUGCGUGCAUUUUGCUCGCGGCAUGUGUGCUAGAGGCGCAGAGUGCAGCUACUACCACCGUCUGCCAUCUGCUGCGGACGAGACGCGCAUCGGCAUGAUGCACGACUGCUUCGGACGGGAACGCCACGCUACGGAUCGAGAUGACAUGGCCGGGGUGGGUAACUUUACCAGGAACUCGCGAACGCUUUAUGUGGGAGGUCUGAAGACUGCCAGCGGCCACGAAGCUGUAAAGGAACAGGAGGAGGCGCUUUGGAAACAAUUUGGCGAAUGGGGAGAAGUGGAGAAUAUCAAUGUGAUCCAUCGCAAAUCCAUCUGCUUUGUUAGAUACCGUCAUCGCACCAGCGCUGAGUUUGCCAAGGAGGCGAUGGCUAACCAGUCGCUGCAGAGUGACGAGGUGCUCAAUGUACGUUGGGCAUUUGACGAUCCCAACCCAGUGGCGAAACAGGCCGGAGAGCGUUCGGAUCGAGACGCGAUUGUAGCAAUGAUGAAGGCUAAGGGUGCGGCCACGACGGAGGACGCGGCAUUUGAUUACCCGGAGCAUUACCAAAUGCCGGCAACAAAGCGUCAGCGGAUCGAAGGCGAUACGGUGGCGUCGUAUCCGGACACGGACACGCAGUUCACUGGGAAAUCCGCCGAUGCAACUGAAGAGGAACUGGCGGCGCAGCUAAGCUACGCGAACCCUAGUGGUGAGAUUUCGACCGAGCCUGAGGGAGACGCACAGGAAGACAAGUAG